ACCAACCCCAUACCAAAUCAAACCGGAUUUUGAUCUCACCAACCCCCUUCUCUCUCUCUCUCCAUUUGCUAUUCAAAGCCCAGACACAGCUUUUGGAGUGUGAAGAGCACAAGUACUUUAGGUCCGUUUCCAAAAGCUUACCACUCGUGAGAUCUCUCUACUCUUAUAAUGGGCAAAGUUUACACCUUGGCCGAGGUUUCUCAGCACAACAACCGCGAAAAGUGCUUGCUCGUCAUUCAUGGCAAGGUUUAUGAUGUGACAAAAUUCUUGGAAGAUCAUCCCGGUGGUGAUGACGUCUUACUAUCAAGCACAGGAAAAGAUGCAACCAAUGACUUUGAGGAUGUGGGACACAGUUCAAGUGCAAAAGCAGUGAUGGAUGAGUUCUAUGUUGGAGAUAUUGACACAGCAACUAUUCCUGCUAAGGUCCAAUACACACCACCAAAGCAGCCUUAUUACAAUCAGGACAAGACGUCACAGUUCAUCAUCAAGGUCCUUCAAUUACUUGUUCCCCUUGUUAUUCUGGGUGUGGCUGUGGGAAUCCGCUUCUACACCAAAUCAGCAGCAUAAAAAGUUGAACUUCUGAAUAGAGGGAAAACCAAAAAAAAAAAAAAAAAAAAUCGAAAAACAUUGACAAUAAGAUGUUGAUAAUACUGGUGGGAGGAUACCACUUUUUUUUUUAUUUCUUAUUUUUUUGAAUUUUGAAUUUUGACUUGUUCCUGGUAAUGGGUUUGUGCUUGCUUUUGCCUUCUCUUUUGCCACUCUUAGUGAAAUCUCAUGUUGUCUUACUGCUUUCA